UAGUGAAACUGACACGUGGUCUCUGGAAAUCCUUUGAGACUCGAAGCACACCUCGGGAGCAGUCUCAGAAAAAGUUUCGCCAAGAAAUUUAGUUCAAAUCCAGUUUUUUGGGCCAUGGAUGUGGUUUCCAGUUGACAGUUUGGAAAGUUGAAAUCGUCAAAAUGGCUAUAGAAACUUCAAGAACCCGUAUAGAGUGUAAGAAGCCAGCAUUGAACAAUAUAGUGCUAUGGUGUUGCAGUGUGUUUGUUAUGGUGGUGUGUGGGUACGGCUUGUAUCGGCAGCACUGCCUGGAGCAGCGAGUGUUGGUGCUGGAGAAGCAGCAGCUGCUGCUGAAGGGGCUGCUGGUGAAGGAGUCGCCGGUGGAAGCUGACAAGUUGCUCAGGAGGCAGACCAGAGACGCCAAUGACUGCAUAUGUCCAGCAGAUCAGCUAUAG